GCCUCUUUGCUUGCACUGUGCUGGCGACCUUUCCCUGGAGGAAGGAGAAAAGAAACAGGUGGGGACCCCAACCCUAGCGCGGGCGGGCGCUAUAAAAAGCACAUUGCACCCACCUUCGAUCAUGGCACAGAUGUGGCAUUCUUGCUCCAGCAGCGACUCGGAGCCGGAGGGACCCCCCAAGAGGCCCCCUCCCAAGCGCCGUCGCUUCAACCCCGACAAAGCAGUGCAAGCCGUGCCAGUCUACUCCAACAAGGUUCAGAACAGCCUCCAGCUGUUCCCUGCGUCUCUGAAGCUGCCGGUUCAAGUCCCGCUGGUGUCCUCCUUGCCCCAGAGUGAAUCAGAUGAUGAGGAGGAGAAAGUGGAAUUGGUGGAAGUGAUUCCCGCAGAGCAAGGGAAAAGGAGUCCACUUGUGCCACCGACCCCGUCCCCUCCGCCUCCUGCACAGCCAAGGAGACGGCGCCAUGAAGCCCGAAUUCUUGACCAGAGACUCAGAAAUCUGAAAUCCACCCUCUCCGCUGCCCAGAAGAGCUUACAGGAUGACAACUCGAGUUCUGAAGAGGAUGAUGUGAUUCUGGUGGACUCGCCUGAACCCUCGGAAUCCCAGCAGCUGGUCCUGAAGGUCCGAUGCCGGACUGACCUCUACCGAGUCCCUGUUCGGAUGACAGACCCCCUUCAGCAGGUGGUGGAACAUAUGGGACAGACGCUGAAGGUUCAUCCUAGCAGAAUACUUCUCCUGCUCCGGGACCGUGAGCUCGCGGCUGAUGCCACUCCCAGCAGGCUGGGCCUGGGGGUGGCCGACAUCGUUGAUUGUGUAGUGGAGACGACUAGCAAAGGCAGCGAUGGAGUAGGAGGCUUGCGGCUCCGAGUGCAAGGGAAAGACAAGAGCUCCCACAUGGAGAUCACAGUUCACAGGAGUGAGCCCCUGCAAACGCUGAUGAGUCGCUACCGUCAGGCCCAAGGACUUGGGAGACGCAAACUGACCUUCUAUUUCGACGGACGGCGUUUGGCAGAAAACUGGACCCCAGACGAGGUGGGGAUGGAGAGUGGCGACGUCAUUGAAGCGUGGAACUAGACGGCCUUCUCUGUUAGGCAAAAAGCCAUAUUUUUUCCGGGUCCGUUUCAGAUCCCGGCUCUGAUAAAGUCCUCUUUACCUACCUCCAUUUUAACUUUUGCUAUUUGGGGGGGUUGGAGGGACAAGGAAAGGUGUGUCACGGUUACCCCUGGGCGAGAGGGAAUCACCUACAUUUUCUAGGUUUGCUGGGUCGCGAGAGGAGAAAAAAAACUGGGGUCUCUUCUGAUUUCCUUUCCACCCCAGACUGUUUGGAAACCAUGAAUAAAAUAGUUUUAUAAAAAUUGACCUAAUACACGGUUUGAGUGAGGGUGGAGUGGCUGGUGCCUGUCUUUGAGUGAAUCUGCAUUCUAAGGUCCUGAUAAAUGUUGGUUCAGUAAACUUUCCAGUUAUUUGUAUCAUUUGAAUGCGAACAGUCCUGCCCCCAAAAAAAAUGGUGGUCAGCACCACAUUGGAGCUUCAAAAUAGGGUGUGUAGUUGGUGCAUACAAGGUGUCAUUCAGAGUGUGACUCUAGAAUUCACAAAUCAGCUGUUUCUUGUCACCAUCUGGCUCUAACAAGGUUAUCCUCCGUGGUGGCAGAAAAUAAGACAAGAUGGCCUUUAUGCAUAAAUGGGAUGUUGUCAGUAUUUAUGUUUGUUGCACAAACUUCACUUUAUCAGGACACCUAAAUGUAGUUACAUUGCCCUGUAGGAGUUGGGAGUCCAUCUUUAUUGUAGUCUGUGCGGUCUUAAUUGAUAUUUUAAAUCUUUUUUUAAAGUUUCCUUUGUAAUACAUAACUAGAAAAGGAAGAAGGAAAAAUUUGCAGUUCUUUAAACAGACCAGAGAAUGUCUGAACAAGAACAAUUGUUGGUGAAAGAAGGGGAAAAUAAAGAGAGGAAAAACAACUGAAAA